AUGGCCGGCGACGACCGGCUGUCGAACCUCUCCGACGACCUGCUACGGUGCAUCCUACACUUCGCGCCGGCAAAGGAGGGCGCUGCCACCAGCGCGCUCGCACGGCGUUGGCGCUCGCUCUGGCUCUCCUCCGGCGCCGUCAACCUGGACUCACGCUCCUACGACCACCUGGACGACCACGACAAGCGCGACGUCAUUGUGCGCGAUGCCAGUAAAGCGCUCGCCGCCGCCGGAAGCCGCGGUCGCCCCGUAACGAAGUUCACCUUCCGGUACGUGGAAGGAGAGGACGACCCAUGGAUCCUCUUAAGAAAGAACGACAUAGAGGAUGCGAAGCAUCACAUGUCCGGAGACCUCCGGGCCACGCUCUACAGCCAGGCGUCCCGCCACCUCGAGGAGCUCCGCCUCGGGCUCUUCUUCGGCCCGCGCAGCGACGGGCCCCGGGACCUGUACAGUUUCAGCAUCCCCUCCCUGUCGUCGGCGCCGGCGCUCCGCGUGCUGCACGUCAGCAAGUGCCUGGAAUGGGACUGGGACCGUCUCUGCCCGUCGCGGCCGGCCAGCGUGACGCCGCCGUUCCCGCGGCUGCUGGACCUACGGCUGCACCAGUGCAGCGUGUCGCUGAGCAUACUCCAGGCCGUCAUCGACGCCGCGCCGCUGCUCGCGACUCUGCAGCUCGACGGAGUCGAAUUCAGAUUACCUGCCCUACCUUCAGCGACGCAGCCCCCAGCCGCGCGGUCCAUCCUUCUCCGUGUCCCCAAGGUCACAGCCAUCGUGCUGGAGAAUAUGCACUGCUGGGGCCAUCAAGGCCAGAACACCAUGGAGCUCGACGCUCCGCUCCUGCGAUGCUUCGCCUACAGGGGGCCUGUCCGGUCACUGUCGCUCAGAUCGCCGCCGCCGGACAUGACACGAGUAGAUUUGAGCUUCCAAGUCCCAUCUGCUCGAGUUGAUACGGACGACACAAUGUGCCGACUCUUCUGGAAUUUUGUUCGUAACUUCUACGGUGCAAACACCAUCAGCCUCAAGUUCCAACUGUCACAGAAGGCAUGUCUAGGCGACUUGUGCUUUUAA